AUGGCCAUGAGGGACGGACGCCCCAGAGGAGACCAUCUCUGUGUGCACGUGGCCGAGGAGCUGCCGCACACGGAAUUGUGUUCCGGAAGGUUCUGGGAUCAAACCAGAACAGCCAGGCAGGCGGAGACGGCCCCCGGUCGCCCGGGAGGGGACACGGAGGCCCGGAGGGAAGGGGCUGGCCCCAAAUCAGCCUGGUCUCCUGCCCCCGGCUCGGGGUUCUCCCCCACUCUGAGGCCCGGACCCGUUGCCCAAACCUGCUUGCUUCUUAGCCAACGGCAUUUCAGAACGUUGGCCAACCGUGGUGCCCGGCACAGGAAGGGAGCGGCCGGUGUCACCGGCAGCGCCUUAAAGGGCGGCGGCCAGCGGCGGGCCGCGGAGGGCCAUGGCGGGGGCCUGGAGGGCACUGGUGCUGGUGGCGGGCGCGGCGGUGGCCUGUGUGGCCCAGCGCCAGCCGGGCUUCGAGGAGAGGCUCGUCGACCAGGCCCUGCAGCUCUUCAACGCCGGGAGGCGGGGCCAGCCCCUGUUCCGCCUGCAGGAAGUCCUGAGUGCCUCGGCCCCAGCCCGAACUCCACCUUCCAGACGCCGGUGAGCUUCCGGGCCCGGGAGACCGUGUGCCUCGCCGGGCGGCCGGAGCCCCAGCGAUGCGCCUUCAGGGACGGCGGGGAGGAGUGGAACUGCACGGGCGCCUCCUUCAUGCGGGGCCCCCUGCGCGUCCUGAUGGUCGACUGCAGCCCAGGCCCGGAGCGCCCCCAAGAGGGCUUGCGGGAGAAGCGGUCGGCUCCGUCCCCAGAAGCAGCCGCUCCAGAGGUCGACAGCUCCAAGCUGCCCCCUGUGGUCAGGGACAUAUAUGAGAAAGCCAAGUUCGACAUCAUCUCCAACAUCCUGAGCAAUUUCUAGGGCUGGGGAGGGAGGGGAGGCUGGCACCCCGCCUCGACCUCCCCUCCCACCGCCCUUCCCCCAGCGG